AUGCUGUGUCGUGUCAUGUGUCGUCUAAUGGUGCUGUGUCGUGUCAUGUGUCGUCUAAUGGUGCUGUGUCGUCAUGUGUCGUCUAAUGAUGCUGUGUCGUGUCAUGUGUCGUCUAAUGGUGCUGUGUCGUGUCAUGUGUCGUCUAAUGGUGCUGUGUCGUGUCAUGUGUCCAAUGAUGCUGUGUCGUGUCAUGUGUCGUCUAAUGGUGCUGUGUCGUGUCAUGUGUCGUCUAAUGGUGCUGUGUCGUGUCAUGUGUCGUCUAAUGGUACUGUGUCGUGUCAGUGUCGUCUAAUGGUGCUGUGUCGUCAUGUGUCGUCUAAUGGUGCUGUGUCAAGUGUCAUGUGUCGUCUAAUGGUGUUGUGUCGUGUCAUGUGUCGUCUAAUGGUACUGUGUCGUGUCAUGUGUCGUCUAAUGGUGCUGUGUCGUGUCAUGUGUCGUCUAAUGGUGCUGCGUCGUGUCAUGUGUCGUCUAAUGAUGCUGUGUCGUGUCAUGUGUCGUCUAAUGGUGCUGUGUCGUGUCAUGUGUCGUCUAAUGGUGCUGUGUCGUGUCAUGUGUCGUCUAAUGGUGCUGUGUCGUGUCAUGUCGUCUAAUGGUGCUGUGUCGUGUCAUGUGUCGUCUAAUGGUGCUGUGUCAAGUGUCAUGUGUCGUCUAAUGGUGCUGUGUCGUGUCAUGUGUCGUCUAAUGGUACUGUGUCGUGUCAUGUGUCGUCUAAUGGUGCUGUGUCGUGUCAUGUGUCGUCUAAUGGUGCUGCGUCGUGUCAUGUGUCGUCUAAUGAUGCUGUGUCGUGUCAUGUGUCGUCUAAUGGUGCUGUGUCGUCAUGUGUCGUCUAAUGGUGCUGUGUCGUCAUGUGUCGUCUAA